AUGCUCGCACUUCUUGUACAUUUUCUGUUGCCUCUGGUAACCUGCCGGCCGACGCCUCCCGGCCAAGGCACUCCUUCCUCGUCGUUGACGCCACCCCCCGACGGCCACACUUGGUUAAACCUGGCACAAAUUAAUCUCAAGAAUUGGGAGCUCACCGGAACCAAAUUGGACUGCAGAAGGGAAACAACCGACGAACUCUACAGCUGCGAGUACUCUUUCCAUUGGAAUGACCCUAACUAUAACGACUCAUCGGAUUGCUCCAACUACUUCAGCUGGGAUGGUGUCACCGUCGAGCAAGGCUCCAAGAACAACUUUAACACCGAGGCAACCAGAUGCGAUGGAUCGCUACUGCCCUGGGACUUCAAGUUCAAUGUGGUACGAUCGGUAGAAUCCGCCUGGAGCUACAGCAUGACUAUCUCUAGACAGCGCAAGGAUCCGAAGCUCUUUGGGCCCUGGCCAACAACGUACUUCGGAUACCCUAAUAUCACAAUGGAUCGCGACAUGGACGACCAGAAGACCAAAGUCUAUUCUCAUGACGAGAUCAUAUACGUGACCAUACAGGGGCUGUCUCAAUGA